AUGUCGGCCAAACGGCGGGACAAGUCGGAGAAACCACAUGAAACUGACAAUCGACCCGAAUCUUCCUCUGUCGCCCAAAGCUCGUCUUCCAGGAAGAAUCAAGUGUACCACACAGUCAACUUUGGCCUCGAUGCAUUGGGAAAUAUAUCCGAGGGUUCAGAUGUACUUGCUCCUCUCAAAGCAGCAUGUCGAGCGACGAAAUCUGUCCUUGAUAUCAUGCAGGCUAUCGAGAGCAACCAGGAAGAAUGGACGAACCUAACACAGCGUCUGAAGGGAUACAUGAGCGGACUCGAAAAGCAAACCACCUUGUUCAAGGCAUAUGCCGCAAACGAUAGGGCUUUCGACGAGGCACUGAGACAGCCACUGAUGGACUAUUUCAAAGCUCUCGAAGAUAUCCAUGAUACGGUGGUCGAAGUGAGGGAGAAACGAAGUCGCAGCAAACUUGGGUUCUUGAAAUCUAUGAGCAAAGUGAAGAUCGAUGCUGGAGAGAUUCGUGAACUGAACAGAGAUAUCGAGGACAGACAUCGGCAGUUCAUGGAAGCGUUGGGUAUUUUUACUGCACUGCGUGCUCAAGGCAUUCAACAAAAGAUCGAGACUGCAACUAUUCUUCAGUUACCGACAGUCGCAUUCGCUGCGUCCUCGGUUCAUACGACCUGUCUGAAAGGAACGCGUGAGAAAGUCCUUCAGAUAAUCUGGCGCUGGGCCAGUGAGGUGCCGUCGGAGAAGCCGAUAUUUUGGCUGUGUGAUAUAGCCGGGUCCGGCAAGUCUACAGUCGCAAUGUCCGCAGUCGAAUCAUGGCGGAACGAAGGAGUGUUAGGGGGUCGAUUCUUCUUCUCCAUGGCAAACAACGACGCAUCGACCACGGACAAGUUCUGUUCGACCAUCGCAAGAGACCUUGUCCAUUAUUUCCCUGAUCUCAGACCCCACAUUGCCAAAGCUGUGGAACAGAACCCUUCUUUCAUGCGAAGUUCUGUGGAUGAGCAACUUCGGACACUCAUCACGAAUCCACUCCUCCAGUCAGAUAAGCGCGUGAUCCUCGUCAUCGACGCUAUCGACGAAUGCAAAUCUGGAUCACAGCGAAGGGAACUUCUCGAGGCGCUUGCUACCGCUGCUCGAGAGUGCGCGAACCUCAAAAUCUUUCUCACCAGUCGGCCAGGUCCCGUCAUCGAGGCGGUCUUGCAGGGACUUUUGAUCAAGGAAAAGUUGGAAAAUCGGCUUCACGAUGUGAAACACCCGGAUAUCACAAACGAUAUCGCGGUGUAUGUGCAUCAUUCAUUGCAUGAAGUCCUACCGCAGGACAAGAGACCGCGUCUGGCCGAAAAGGCCAACGGAUUGUUCAUCUGGGCGAGCACCGCAUGUCGAAUGCUCACGAGUGAAACCAGAUUGAGUUCAGCCGAGGACGUAUAUGACCGUUUGAUCUCUCUGGACCAGCCAGGAGUGAUCGACGACCUAUACAAUCUUGUCUUCGAGCGGACAGACCCCGAGUACUACGCGGUCAUGUGUUCAAUGCUGGCGCUGCUGCACGGUGCAUUUGAACCGCUGACGGUGGACGAUCUGGACGAUCUAGUAAAACAUGCAAAAGUACGGGGAAGUGCCAGGGCCCUGGUACAGAAUCUAGGAAGCGUACUCAGUGUGGAUUCAAAGACGGAUCUGAUCCAAUUCCGUCACCCAACGCUGGUCGAGUACCUUCGACGGUGCUCGAUCCCCCGAGGUGGCGAUAACCGAAAUAAACUACAUAUCGAUAUCGGCAAUGCUCACGGUCAAACAGCAUCGUGGUGUUUGAAGCGGUUCAAGUUGCCGAUUGGAGGACUCAAGUUCAACAUAUGUGAAAUCGAAUCCUCUUUCUUCCUAAACAGGCAGAUUCCGGAUCUAGAAGAGAGAAUUUCAAAGUUCAUUCCAAGGCGGCUUCGAUAUGCUGGUUUGCAUUGGUUAUUUCAUUUGGCGGAAACGGAUGACGGGUGGCGAACUAGGCUAAAGGACGGAAUUGAACACGUGAUCAAAAGCCCAUAUGUCCUAUACUGGAUGGAGGUUCUGAGUUUCACGGGAGGGGUACCAAGGGCGAUAGCGGGACUUCGAGCUGUUGCGCGCCAUAGAAGAAUUGAAGAGGAGACUAGGACGAUGAUGACGGAGGUUCGACGGUUUCUAAUGGCAUUUUCGGUGCCGAUUCAAGACAGUGCUCCGCACAUCUACAUCUCAGCACUAGCAUUCAGUCCGAGGCAGUCAAUACUACAUAACGAACGGCUGAAGUGGCAUGCAAAUACACUCAGUGUGACGCAAGGUUUCGAAGAGAGAUAUCCCCAACUUCCCAGGACUCUCCGAGGCCAUGAAUGGUGGAUAUACGCCGUUCAAUUCUCACCAGACGGAUCAAAAAUUGUCUCUUGCUCGGGAGACAAGACAAUUCGAUUGUGGGAGGCGGAAACGGGUCAGCCACUGGGAGAGCCGCUCCGUGGUCACACAUCGGAGGUAUUUUCUAUCUCAUUCUCUCCAGAUGGUUCACGAAUCGUCUCUGGUUCGAACGACAAGACGAUUCGACUCUGGGAGCCGGACACCGGCCGGCCGUUGGGAGAGCCUCUAUGUGGUCAUGAAGACGGUGUUUUGGCUGUCUUAUUCUCGCCAGACGGAUCAAAAAUUGUCUCUUCCUCGUAUGAUAACACCGUUCGGGUGUGGGACGCAGAUACUGGUCAGGCGUUGGGAGAGCCACUCCGAGGUCAUGAGGGCUGGGUCUCCACCAUCGCAUUCUCGCCAAAUAGUUCACGAAUUGCCUCUGGCUCACUUGAUCGGACAGUUCGACUGUGGGACGCUGAUACCGGUCAACUGGUGGGAGAGCCACUGCGUGGUCAUGAAGGCCGAGUCUCAGCGGUAGCGUUCUCUCCAGAUGGCUCAAGAGUUGUCUCUGGGUCGUGGGAUCGGACCAUUAGACUGUGGGAGGCAGAUACCGGCCAACAUGCGGGAGAGCCAAUCCGAGGUCACGAAGGUUGGGUCUAUGCCGUGGGAUUCUCUCCAGACGGGUCACGGAUUGUCUCUGGCUCAUCGGACCAGACCGUUCGGCUAUGGGAAGGAGAAACGGGCCAGCCACUGGGAAAACCACUUCGCGGCCAUCAAUCCGGUGUCAGCGCGGUGGCAUUUUCGCCAGAUGGCUCUCAAAUCGUCUCUGGCUCGUACGACAAGACGAUUCGACUAUGGAACGCAGCCACUGGUGAACCGUUGGGAGAGUCACUCCAAGAUCAUGAAAACUCAGUGACGGCCAUCGCAUUCUCCCCGGACGGCUUGCAAAUUGUUUCUGGAUCAGAAGAAAAGACGCUUCAACUAUGGGACGCAGAGACUGGUCAGCCAUUAGGAGAGCCAUUCCGAGGCCAUGAAGACUCCGUCAGGGCUGUUGCGUUCUCGCCUGAUGGCUCGCGAAUCGUCUCUGGCUCGAGCGACGGCACAAUUCGACUAUGGAGAGCAAGCACUGGUCAACUGUUGGGAGAGGCACUCCGAGGUCAUGAAGGCUGGAUCUAUAGUGUACAUUUCUCAUCGGACGGGUCAAAAAUUAUCUCUUGCUCGCGCGACAAUACCGUUCGACUGUGGGACGGUGAGACUGGUGAGCCGCUGGGAGAGCCACUCCGAGGUCCUGAUGAAAAAGUGAUUGCGAUAGCGGUCUCGCCAGAUGGCUCCCGAAUUGUCUCUGGCUCGCGAGCCGUUGAUGGUCCCGAGAGCCUCGCUGAAACGACGAUUCGAUUGUGGGAGGCACAUACCGGUCAGUCUUUGGGAGAGCCGCUACAAGGUCAUGGAGCUCUAGUAGUCGCUGUCGCAUUUUCGCCAGAGGGAUCACGGGUUGCUUCUGGCUCGUGUGAUUUUACAAUUCGGCUGUGGGACGCUGACACUGGUCGGCCAUUCGGAGAGCCACUCCGAGGACACAGCGGACCUAUCAACACUUUCAAGUUCUCGCCUGACGGCUCACGGAUUGUCUCUAGCUCGCUUGACGGGACGAUUCGAUUCUGGGACACAAAUACUGGUCGUCCACUAGGAAGCCCACUUCUCGGUCACAAAUCCAUGAUCAACGCGGUGGCAUUCUCUCCAGAUGGCUCGCGAAUCGUCUCCGGCUCUUCCGACAAAACAAUUAGGGUAUGGAACGCGGAAACUGAUGCGAUCUCAAAGAGCUCCAAUAGAAAUGAAGAAGCGCAUUCAGGCUCGAGCAGCCCAACAGAUGAUUCAAAAGGAACCCUUGUACCCGGAUUCGAUCGGUGCUCGCUUUCGCAGGAUGGCUGGGUCCAAUCUUCCAGUAAAUAUCUUUUUUGGGUUCCACCAGACAAUCGACAUGGGCUGCAACAUCCACGUUCUCUUCUGACUAUACCGACAAAGGGUCGGCUUCGUGCGACCAAAAUUGAUUUUAGCCGUUUUCACUGUGGACCCUCCUGGACAAACGUUCGAACAGACAUUGAUCAAUGA